AUGGUUCAGGCGCUGCCGUCAAAACCCUCCUUUGCAGCCGACAUGCCGGUGCGCGGCAUGGCACUGGCCGUUGUCGGCGCGCUUCUGCUGCCGGCCAUGGAUGCGGUCGCCAAACUGCUGGGCCAGAGCGGCGCCAUGUCACCCGGCCAGGUCACUUUCUUCCGCUUUGCGAUCCAGACGGCUUUCUGCCUUGUCUGGCUGAUGGCCUUCGGCGGCGCUGCCGCGCUGCGCUCGAACCGGUUUGGCAUCAAUUUCGUGCGCGGCAUGGUUCUGGGCGCGGCGAGCCUGUUCUUCUUCGUGGCGCUCAAAUACAUGCCGCUGGCCGAUGCGAUCGCGGUCUUCUUCGUCGAGCCGCUCAUUCUGACCCUGCUUUCGUUUCUGGUGCUGCGCGAACCGGUGGGCUGGCGCCGGGUCGCCGCCGUCAUUGUCGGCUUUGGCGGCGCGCUGAUCGUCAUCCAGCCUUCCUAUGCGGUGUUCGGGCCGGUCUCGCUCCUGCCGCUUGGCGCGGCAACGCUGUUCGCCACCUAUCUGAUGCUCAACCGCAUUGCCGGCCGAAACGAUGGCGCGAUGGUCAUGCAGUUCGUUUCCGGACUUGGCGGCAUGGCGAUCGUCGCCGUGGCGAUGGCGUUCGGCACCGUGGCGGGCAUUGGCGAUCUGGCCGUCACGCCAACGGCGGACCCGACCGUCUGGGCGCUGGUGGCGCUGAUGGGCAGUAUAGGCGUCGCCGGGCACUAUCUGUUCGUGCGCGCCUUCCAGAUGGCGCCGGCCUCGCUGCUGGCGCCAUUCCAGUACAUCGAGAUCAUAUCGGCGGCGCUGUUCGGCCUGCUUCUCUUCAGCGAAUUUCCGACGCCGACCAAAUGGCUCGGGAUCGGCAUUAUCGUCGCGUCGGGGCUCUACGUCUUCUGGCGCGAACGGACCGUGGACCAGAAAGACGGUGCGUGA